ACCUAAAGUCAGCUGGUGAGGAUGUGUAGGAGUCAUUAAGAUGUCUGUGAGUGGUGAGGAUGUCUGUGAGUGGUGAAGAUGAGUGGUGAGGAUGUGUAUGAGUCAUUAAGAUGUCUGUGAGUGGUGAGGAUGUCUGUGAGUGGUGAGGAUGUGUGUGAGUGGUAAGGAUGUCUGUGAGUGGUGAGGAUGUCUGUGAGUGGUGAAGAUGAGUGGUGAGGAUGUCUGUGAGUGGUGAAGAUGUCUGUGAGUGGUGAGGAUGUCUGUGAGUGGUGAGGAUGUCUGUGAGUGGUGAAGAUGAGUGGUGAGGAUGUCUGUGAGUGGUGAGGAUGUCUGUGAGUGGUGAAGAUGAGUGGUGAAGAUGUCUGUGAGUGGUAAGGAUGUCUGUGAGUGGUGAAGAUGAGUGGUGAGGAUGUGUAUGAGUCAUUAAGAUGUCUGUGAGCGGUGAGGAUGUCUAUGAGCAAUGAAGAUGUCUAUGAGUGGUGAGGAUGUCUGUGAGUAGUGAAGAUGUCUGUGAGUGGUGACGAUGUCUGUGAGUGGUAAGGAUGUCUGUGAGUGGUAAGGAUGUCUGUGAGUGGUGAGGAUGUCUGUGAGUGGUGAGGAUGUGUAUGAGUGGUAAGGAUGUCUGUGAGUGGUGAGGAUGUCUGUGAGUGGUGAAGAUGAGUGGUGAGGAUGUCUGUGAGUAGUGAAGAUGUCUGUGAGUGGUGAAGAUGAGUGGUGAGGAUGUCUGUGAGUGGUGAAGAUUAGUGGUGAGGAUGUCUGUGAGUGGUGAAGAUGAGUGGUGAGGAUGUCUGUGAGUGGUGAAGAUGAGUGGUGAGGAUGUGUAUGAGCGAUGAAGAUGUCUAUGAGUGGUGACGAUGUCUGUGGGUGGUGAGGAUGUCUGUGAGUGGUGAGGAUGUGUAUGAGUGGUAAGGAUGUCUGUGAGUGGUGAGGAUGUCUGUGAGUAAUGAAGAUGUCUGUGGGUGGUGAGGAUGUCUAUGAGUGGUGACGAUGUCUGUGAGUGGUAAGGAUGUCUGUGAGUGGUAAGGAUGUCUGUGAGUGCUGAGGAUGUGUAUAAGUGGUAAGGAUGUCUUUGAGUGGUGAGGAUGUCUGUGAGCGGUGAGGAUGUCUAUGAGUGGUGAGGAUGUCUAUGAGUGGUGAAGAUGUCUGUGAGUGGUGAGGAUGUCUGUGAGCGGUGAGGAUGUCUUUGAGCAGUGAGGAUGUCUGUGAGCGAUGAGGAUGUCUGUGAGUGGUGAAGAUGUCUGUGAGUGGUGAAGAUGUCUGUGAGUGAUGAAGAUGUCUGUGAGUGGUGAGGGUGUCUGUGAGUGCUGAGGAUGUCUAUAAGUGGUGAGGACGUCUAUGAGUGGUGAGGAUGUCUGUGAGCAGUGAGGAUGUCUGUGAGCGAUGAGGAUGUCUGUGAGUGGUGAGGAUGUCUAUGAGUGGUGAAGAUGUCACUGAGUGGUGAGGAUGUCUGUGAGUGGUGACAAUGUCUGUGAGUGGUGACGAUGUCUGUGAGCGGUGAGGAUGUCUAUGAGUGGUGAGGAUCUCUGUGAGUGGUAAGGAUGUCUAUGACGAUGUCUGUGAGUGGUGACGAUGUCUGUGAGUGGUGAGGAUGUCUGUGAGUGGUGAGGAUGUCUAUGACGAUGUCUAUGAGUGGUGAGGAUGUCUGUGAGUGGUGAAGAUGUCUGUGAGUGGUGAGGGUGUCUCUGAGUGGUGAGGAUGUCUAUGAGUGGUGAGGAUGUCUGUGAGUGGUAAGGAUGUCUAUGACGAUGUCUAUGAGUGGUGAGGAUGUCUGUGAGUGGUAAAAAUGUCUGUGAGUGGUGAGGGUGUCUCUGAGUGGUGAGGAUGUCUAUGAGUGGUGAGGAUGUCUGUGAGAGAUGAGGAUGUCUGUGAGUGGUGAGGAUGUCUAUGAGUGGUGAGGAUGUCUAUGAGUGGUGACAAUGUUUGUGAGUGGUGACGAUGUCUGUGAGUGGUGACGAUGUCUGUGAGUGGUGAGGAUGUCUGUGAGUGGUGAGGAUGUCUAUGACGAUGUCAAUGAGUGGUGAGGAUGUCUGUGAGUGGUGAGGGUGUCUCUGAGUGGUGAGGAUGUCUAUGAGUGGUGAGGAUGUCUGUGAGAGAUGAGGAUGUCUAUGAAUGGUGAAGAUGUCUGUGAGUGGUGAGGAUGUCUAUGAGUGGUGACAAUGUCUGUGAGUGGUGACGAUGUCUGUGAGCGGUGAAGAUGUCUGUGAGUGGUGAGGAUGUCUGUGAGUGGUGAGGAUGUGCAUGACGAUGUCUAUGAGUGGUGGCGAUGUCUAUGAGUGGUGAGGAUGUCUGUGAGCGGUGAAGAUGUCUGUGAGCGGUGAGGAUGUCUAUGAGUGCUGAGGAUGUCUAUGCAUGAUGACAAUGUUUUUGUGUGGUGGUUCUGCCUUCUACGGUUCCCCUAAAGAACUACACGUUUAGCUGUCAGGAGGAGGCUCUGGAUAAACUAACAUUUGUGGGAAACCUUCUGUAUUCACUCAUCAUUCCAUCUUAAAAUAGCUGUUCCAUGUUCUGUAAGUACUGUUUAGUAGGAAGGUCACGGUUCUGCGGUCUGUCAGGAUGGUAUCUGCUGGAACACAUUUGUCUGUCGGCUGAUUGCAGGGCCCUACUUCUAAUUUGACACCCCCUUCCUGUCCUGCUGCCACCGCAGGCUUCUGCAGGUCCUGCAGGGAGCGGAGCUGUGAUUGCACUUCCUGAGUCUGACUGAGAGACGCUGUAAUUUGCAGGGUGUUCCCACAGAAGACAGAGAGCAGCUGAUUGCAGCUGCAGCUUUUUCUGUGCAGGAUGUGACGGGUUUGGAGCCAGCUGCAUUGGUUCUCAUGCCCCUCUGUUUUUUAUUUAUUUAUUUUUUCCCCAGCUCCUGCUGCUAUUGUCAGCCUGCUAGGAGGCUAGUGCACACAGAAGAGGAAAUAUUGCUUAAAAUGAUUGUCAUCUGUGUUCAGAUAUUUAUCCUGUGUUAUAGAAUAACAGUACAAUUGUGUUGAGUGUUAAUGAUCAGAAUGACCUUAAAUCUGAUCAUUUACUCUCCAUUAACACAGGAUCAUUUUAUUUUGAAAUAACGUUUUUCUCUGUGCUUCUCUCAAAAGUUAAAAUGAAAUUUGAAUAUAUUAUUUUUUUAUCAAUAAAUAAAGCCUUUUUUUUUAUAUCUCUUCGGUUCUGGCUGGGUUGGUUUUUUAGAAGGCUCCUUUAGCGUUAAAGGUUGCAGACCCUGAUCUAUGGUGUGGGUCUCACGUGUUCUGCUGGCGGGAACUGCAUGAUCAGCACCGGCGCUGAUCAUCUGGGCAGAGUCAAAGGUCCAACAGGACCGGACCGGAACUCUGAUCCAAACUGGAGCUCUGCAUCCACGCUGACGUGCACCUGAGUCAGAGCGCUGCUGAACAUUGUGGUUCUGCUGAAAGACUGUUUCUGGCUGCACAGGAAGUCCUGACCAUAGAAGGACUUCAUGAACAGGCACGUGAAUGUGUGCAGAAGGUGAGUGACAGACAGGUGCCGUCAUUCACGCUUCAGUGGCUCGGGGAUGUUCCGCUCCGCUGCUCUGAUGUGAUAAGCUGUGGAUCACAGAACCUCUCUGUUCUGUCCACGAGAUUAGAUCCACGCGCCGCAAACUGCUGCCGAGGCUUUGAGGAGCCCGCCAGAUAAGGGUCUCCUCCACCGCCCCCGAUAAAUGCCCCGCGGGAGGAGGGAGGAGCUGGUGAGGGGAGGACCGGCCUGCAGACACACAGCCGCAGAAACUUUGCGCAGCUCCUCAGUUCCAUCUGCGGGAGCAUUUAGGAGGCGCGGGCGUUAAACCUGAGCGGGGCAACGGGCGCCUCUACAAGAUCUCCCUGGCCAUGUGCGCGUGUCUGUGCUUCGCUCUGCUGCUCGCGCUCAUACUGGUGUCUCAGAGGUCCAGUCAGCAGCAGUUCUGCUUGACUCCAGAAUGCAUCGAAGCAGCGGGGUCGAUUCUGAGUAAGGUCGACCGGUCUGUGGACCCCUGCACUGACUUCUACAGCUUUGCUUGUGGCGGUUGGCUAAAGGAGAACGCCAUUCCCGAGGAUUCGUCCUCGUACGGCAUUUACCCCUGGUUGAGGCAGCAAGUGGACAUCAGGAUCAAAGACUUGUUGGAGGCUCCGUCUGCUGCUGGGGAGCUAGAGGCGGUGACCAAAGCCAAGAUCCUCUACCGUUCAUGUAUGAAUGAAAGCAGGCUGGAGGAGGUGGACUCCAAACCCAUGCUGAGGACGUUGAGAAAGGCGGAGUUUCGAUGGCCCGUGGUGGGGGAUGGGCUUGGCGGUGAAUAUCAGUGGUCAGAGUCUCGGUGGAGUCUCCUGAAGACGCUGGCGGAGAUGAGAAACCAGCACAGCAAGAGCGUCCUGAUCCGCCUCUACAUCUCCCCGGACGACAAAAACUCCUCCCACUACAUCAUCAAGCUGGACCAGGCGUCCCUGUCUCUGCCCUCCAGGGAGGACUACAUCACCAACACUUCCUCUGCUCAGGCGAACCGGGCCGCCUUGCUCAGCCUCAUGGUGGACGUGGCCGUCAUGCUGGGCGCCCCGGAUGCAGCAGCGAGGGUCCAGAUGGAAAAGGCUCUGGCUUUUGAGACCAAGUUGGCUCACAUGCUGAUCCCCCAUGAAAAUCGCACCAGUGAAAACAUGUAUAACAAGUUAACUCUUUCACGGCUGCAGCGCUCCAUGCCACAGUUUGACUGGAUAGGGUUUGUAAAAGCUGUGGUGGAGACCAAAGAUGAUCCGGAUCGGGACGUGUCCUCGUCUGAGCCGGUCAUUGUCAGAGCUCCACUGUACUUCAGGGAACUGAUGAAGCUCAUUAACACUACAGAGCCCAGGACUAUAGCGAACUACGUCCAGUGGAGGACGGUGCUCUCCAGGAUCACCACGCUGAGCCGCCGCUUCCUGUACAGAUACCUCGACUACGCACGGGUAACCUCAGGAACUACCUCUCUCACCCCGCGCUGGGACAAAUGCGUCAACUAUGUAGAGAACGCUCUGGGUUACGCCACAGGACGCCUCUUUGUUAACUCCUACUUCCAGGAGGACAAGAAGCAGAUGAUGGAGGAGCUGAUCGAGGGCAUUCGCUGGGCCUUCAUUGACAUGCUGCAGAAGGAGAACGACUGGAUGGACGAGCCGACCAAGAAGAAAGCUGUAGAAAAGGCUCAUGCGGUGAUGGCUAAGGUGGGGUAUCCAGAGUUCAUUUUGAAUGACACCUACCUCAAUGAAGAUUUGAAGGAGCUGGACUUCAUUGAGAAGGAUUACUAUGGAAACGUCAUGCAGACUCUGAAGUUUUUUGCUCAGGCCGACAUCUCGUGGCUUCGGAGGAGCGUUCCACGAACAGAAUGGUUCACAAACCCGACGACCGUGAACGCCUUCUACAGUUCAUCCACGAACCAGAUUCGAUUUCCUGCUGGAGAACUUCAGAAACCGUUCUUCUGGGGAAAAGACUAUCCCAGGUCCUUAAGUUACGGCGCCAUCGGCGUGAUCGUCGGGCACGAGCUCACUCAUGGCUUUGAUAAUAACGGUCGCAAAUACGAUAAAAACGGCAAUCUUGAUCAAUGGUGGAGUAACUCGUCUGUGACGGCGUUCACCGAGAAGACUCAGUGCAUGAUUGAUCAAUACAACAACUACCACUGGGAGGAGGCCGGCCUUAACGUCCGGGGUAAAAGAACUCUGGCAGAAAACAUCGCAGACAACGGGGGGAUAAGAGAAGCAUUCAGGGCAUAUAGGAGGUGGGUGCAGGAGAACAGAGGAGGUGUGGAGGAGCCUCUGCUGCCAGGACUGGACUUCAGCAACAAUCAGCUGUUCUUCCUCAGUUACGCACAUGUUAGAUGUAACUCCUACAGACCAGAAGCCGCCCGCGAGCAGAUCCAAAAUGGAGCUCACAGUCCACCAAAGUACAGGGUGAUUGGGGCCAUGAGCAACUACCAGGAGUUCCAGAAGGCCUUCACAUGUCCCCAGUCUUCUGUGAUGAACCGUGGAGCGCAGUCCUGCAGGGUCUGGUGAUCCCUGAUCCUCAUCAUGAACCAGAACUGGACCUGAGCUGCUAGCAGGAUCCCCAAAGAUGGAGAAUGCUGGACCGAGAGGAGGUUCACUGCUGGGGAGCAGAACUCGGUUCUGAUCCACAACCUGCAGGCGUAGCAGCUGGUGUAUAAAAGUGAAUCUCUGUGAAGGACUACAGUUAAUGGGCUGUAAAGAAUCAGUUGUAAACCUCUUGCAACAUCAAAUUCCACUAUUUAUGAACUCGUUAAUCAAGUUCACUUGAAAUUCCUACAUUUAAUAUGAUUAUGUUAACGGUGUAUUUCUGAUCCAGAUAGAAGUAUAAGGUGUAUCCAGGUAUGAGGAAGAAGAGCUGUUGUCUUCACUUUCUGUAGUUUUUCAGUCACUGUGAAAAUCCAACAUUGAUUCAGUACAAUAAUCUGCUGGAAUAACUCCUGAGAAUAAAAAAAACCCGAAUUAUUGAUGA